GAAGAAGAGAAGAGCUCACUACAAAAACACUAAAGAAGUGAGUAAAUUUCAAUCCUUUUGAUCGCCGGAAAAUGGCAGCGACGUCAAAGAUCGUCGUCUUCUGGCGAAUUCCCACGGCUGAAAAAUGUCACACGUUUUCUACGAGGCAACAAAAUCCAACUCCCGCUUAAACCCUUUUAGAAAAAGCCUCGAAAUUUCCGAUUUUUCUCAUCGAAAUUUAGAAACUUUUUUUUUUCUUCUGAUGGCAACGACUAACGCUCACACGGCGGCUCAACAGACUCCACCACCUCCUCCUCCUGUUCCUGCUCCUCCUCCGACGGCGAUCGAUGGGUUAACAACAGACGAGCUAACAGCAAAAGCUUUAAACAAGAGAUACGAAGGUUUAAUGACGGUGAGAACAAAAGCAGUGAAAGGUAAAGGCGCGUGGUAUUGGACUCAUCUUGAACCUAUCCUCGUACGCAACACCGACACUGGUCUCCCUAAAGCCGUGAAGCUCCGUUGUUCUCUAUGCGACGCCGUUUUCUCCGCCUCUAAUCCUUCACGCACUGCCUCUGAGCAUCUCAAACGCGGCACUUGUCCCAAUUUCAACUCUGUUACUCCCAUUUCCACCAUCACUCCUUCUCCUACCUCUUCCUCUUCCUCUCCUCAAACCCAUCACCGGAAACGUAACUCCUCCGGCGCUAUCACCACCGCUGUUCCUUCUCGGCUUAAUCCUCCUCCCAUCGGAGGGUCUUAUCACGUCACGCCGAUAACCGUCGUUGAUCCUUCGAGGUUUUGCGGCGGAGAGUUGCAUUAUUCAACUCCGCCGCCGCAGCAUUUGAUGCUUUCCGGUGGAAAAGACGAUUUGGGUCCUUUAGCUAUGCUUGAAGACAGUGUGAAGAAGCUUAAGAGUCCUAAACCGUCGCAGACGCAGUCUCUUACUAGAUCGCAGAUAGAGUCAGCUUUAGAUUCUCUCUCUGAUUGGGUCUUCGAAUCUUGCGGCUCUGUUUCUCUCUCGGGGCUUGAGCAUCCAAAGUUUCGAGCUUUUUUAACCCAAGUGGGUUUACCAAUCAUCUCCAAGAGAGAUUUCGCCACCACGAGAUUGGACUUGAAGUACGAGGAAGCUAGAGCAGAGGCUGAAUCAAGAAUCAGAGACGCAAUGUUCUUCCAAAUCGCAUCGGACGGUUGGAAAUCAGGAGAAUCCGGCGAGAGUCUUGUGAAUUUGAUUGUGAAUUUACCAAACGGGACGAGUUUGUAUAGAAGAGCGGUUCUUGUGAACGGAGCUGUGCCGUCGAACUACGCAGAGGAGGUCUUGUUAGAGACGGUGAAGGGCAUUUGUGGAAAUUCACCUCAGAGAUGUGUUGGGAUAGUGUCUGAUAAGUUUAAGACCAAAGCACUGAGGAAUCUUGAGAGUCAGCAUCAAUGGAUGGUGAAUCUUUCUUGUCAGUUUCAAGGACUCAACAGUUUGAUCAAAGAUUUCGUAAAAGAGCUUCCUUUAUUCAAAUCCGUCUCACAAAACUGUGUGAGACUAGCCAAGUUCAUCAACAACACCGCACAGAUACGAAACGCUCACUGUAAGUAUCAGCUGCAGGAACACGGCGAAUCGAUAAUGCUUAGAUUGCCUUUACAUUGCUAUUACGACGAUGAACGUAGAAGUUGUAGUAGUAGUAGUAGUGGUAGUAGUAGUAGUAACAAGGUUUGUUUCUUCGAGCCGUUGUUUAAUCUUCUUGAGGAUGUGUUGAGUUCCGCUAGAGCAAUUCAGUUGGUAAUGCAUGAUGAUGCUUGUAAGGUUGUUUUAAUGGAGGAUCAUAUGGCUAGGGAGGUUAGAGAGAUGGUUGGGGACGAAGGGUUUUGGAACGAGGUAGAGGCGGUUCACGCUUUGAUCAAGCUUGUCAAAGAGAUGGCUCGGAGAAUAGAGGAAGAGAAGCUGCUUGUUGGGCAAUGCCUACCGCUAUGGGAUGAGCUAAGAGCUAAGAUUAAAGAUUGGGAUUCUAAGUUUAAUGUAGGGGAAGGACAUGUGGAGAAACUCGUCGAGAGAAGGUUCAAGAAGAGUUAUCAUCCGGCUUGGGCUGCGGCUUUCAUACUCGACCCGCUUUACUUGAUAAGAGAUAGCAGCGGAAAGUAUCUUCCUCCGUUUAAAUGUUUGUCUCCCGAGCAAGAGAAAGAUGUAGAUAAGUUGAUAACAAGACUUGUGUCUAGAGACGAGGCACACAUUGCGUUGAUGGAACUAAUGAAAUGGAGAACCGAAGGGCUUGAUCCUAUGUAUGCAAGGGCGGUCCAAAUGAAAGAGCGUGACCCGGUUUCCGGUAAGAUGAGGAUAGCGAAUCCUCAAAGCAGUAGACUUGUUUGGGAGACGUAUCUUAGCGAAUUCAGGUCGCUAGGUAAAGUUGCGGUAAGGCUCAUUUUCCUCCACGCGACUACUGGAGGGUUCAAAUGCAAUUCCUCUCUUUUAAAAUGGGUAAACUCGAACGGGCGGUCACAUGCAGCCGUAGAUCGAGCUCAAAAGCUGAUCUUCAUAUCCGCUAACUCGAAAUUCGAAAGGAGAGAUUUCUCAAACGAGGAGGAUAGGGAUGCGGAGCUGCUCGCUAUGGCUAACGGUGAUGAUCAUCUCCUUAACGAUGUUCUUGUCGAUACAUCCUCGGUGUGAAAUUUGAAUCUCUUUUUUGAUCAAUUUGAUUUCAACUUAGUUUUUCAUUAGAAUUUGGCAUUUCAUAGGAUUGUUUAAAUUCUUUUCUUUCAUUUACUAGUAUCUUCUCAUUCAUACUAUCAUUAAUAUUCAAUUUGUACUUGGUUUCUUUAGAAUGUGAUUGAGGGUAUUUGUAUUUCUUUAGUCUAUAAUAUAUACCAUAAUUUUCG